UGGCAGACGAUGGCAAAAUUCGUUACGGUGUGAAAGUCGUACUGUUCACUCGAGUUCGUUAAUGGACUCGCAAGUGAUUGUUUGAUUGCGAGACGACGAACGAAGAGAAAAAAUCGCAUUCCCAAGAAUCUGUCUCAUUCCGCCAUCAUAACUCGAUCUAAUUCGUCUGUUCGCUAUCGCACAACAUUGUAUAACCUUUGCAAAGAUGUCUCAUGAUCACCAUAUAAUGGACAGUACAGGAAACGCGUCUCACGGUAUGCACAUGGCUCAUCAUAUAAACCGUGGUAGUAUGGAUGACGGCAAUAUGAACCACGGAGGUAUGGAUCAUGGGAGCAUCGGAGGUAUGCAUCACGGUAUCGAGACUUCGACGGACAGCAUGUGCAGCGGCAUGGGCAUGCACGGUAUGUCGAUGACGUUCCACACCGGCUACUGUGAGGUGGUGUUAUUCGAAAAUUGGAAGAUUUCAUCGAUAGGCGGUCUCGUCGGUUCGAUGAUUGGUAUCGCUAUUAUGGCUGCGCUUUAUGAGGGCUUAAAAUAUUACCGGGAAUAUCUCUUCUGGAAGACGUACAACGCCCUGCAAUAUAGAAGCGUUACGGUACCCAGUGAGAAGAAUGUGGUAGCCGAGGACAACCGGGUCGUUCAUAUGGUUGGCGAAGUAAUCCACAAACAACCGCCGACUAUGAUGUCCUGGAUGCAUCUGUUUCAAACAUUUCUGCACAUUAUACAAAUCGUCCUGUCUUACUUUUUGAUGCUAAUCUUCAUGACUUAUAAUGUCUGGCUGUGCUGUGCCGUGGUAUCGGGGGCCGCCGUUGGUUACUUCUUAUUUGGUUGGAAGAAAUCAGUGAUCGUAGAUGUUACGGAACAUUGUCAUUAACAUUUAGUAAAUUUCUCUGGUUUACUCCUUUUAAAAUGUAUUUGCGCACAAGUACGACUGCAAUUUGGCGAAAAUGCAAAAAAAAAUAAGAAGAGGACGGAAAGUAAACAAUUACAUUGUCUUCUGCGAGAAACGACGUAUUAUAGAGAAUUAAUGUUCUCUAAAUUCAUGACACACAGUGAAUACAUAAAUGCAGCAAACAGGCAAGAACUAUUUAUUCUAUAUGUAUA